AUGUUUGUCCUUGUACGUUUGACUCAGUCCGGUCCGAGUGUCCAGGCUGGAAGCGCACCCACCGAGACGAUUAACUGUGUGGUCACCACGACCACGGUCACCAACCCUGAUGGCAGCCUUAAGCAACUUACGACUCGCAAAACGACACGAACCCUGAUGACGACGACCACACGCACUCGCCUCCUGCGCCGAAUUAUCGGGCCAGACGGUUCCGUCCAGGAGAUAGAGGUGCUCGACGCUCCCGAUGCCUCGUCCUCCGGUAUGCCUUCAUCCAUACCGCCUCUCAUAGUCUCUCCCACGUCCUGCUCGACCACACCUCUGGGGGCUUCUGCCACCAACUCGACAGAACCGGUCAGAAAUGCUCCUCCCGUAGACGUGACGGCAAAGGAAGGCCUCGAUGAUCGUGAUGUAGGAAUGGAGGAGGAAAAUGAUGGAGAUACGAAAGAAGACAAUGCCAGGGCUGGCAAGGAAGAGGAGACCGAGCCACUGGCUCGCAGUGGACAGGGGAGCCGGGCUGGGGGCAACCGGCAAGGCUCGGCUAUGACCUCGUUUUCUGGGGGUCUCAAGGUGCGGGAGACACCGUCAACGGGACACUCCAAUGGCCUACUCAAGGGUGCUGGGUCCCACUCCACUUCGGACAGGAUCGACAGAGUCCAGCGUGCCAACCCGCCUAACAAGCGCAGUGCAAGGCGAGUCGGGAAAAGCAGCGAGGCAGUAGAGACAACCGACGAGGCUGAGAAAGCAUGGCCAGCUUUCGGACGCCCGAAGGCCAAGCAAAAGGUGAUAACCACAGUUAAGAAGAAGGUUACAUCUUCAGCCUCCGCCGCUAUUCUGACAGGAGGAAAAGUGACAACUUUGUCUGGAAGCAUCGAGUAUGAAAAUAUAUGA